AUGGAGGAUUUAUCACAAUCCGAGAUAAUGACGCAGCUGCGUUCUACGAUGAAAGUAUUGGAAUGGAAAUGCAUGAAGUUGCAUUCAUUGUUAUUUUUUCAGGAAAUCACAGUUGUAUCGGAUUGCGUUCAAAGUUCUGAGGCCGAAAAGCAGAGACUGGAGGCGCAGUGCAAACGUCUCUUGCUGGAGAAUGCGUGGUUGAGGGAAGAACUAGCAACUGUCCAGGGCUUAUAUCGUCAGAGUGAGGUUAAAGUUGUGAAUCUUGAAGAGGAGAUCAAACACCUAAAAUUCGUAAAUGAAAUUAGUAAGUACGACUCACCUGACCAGAGUGGCCCGCCAGGUAAUGAUGCUGGAGGCAAAGACGACAAAAAAUUGAACCUCGACGAGAAGGAUGAACAUGAUCAAGAUGGUACAACUGUGAUGUCCCAAAUCAUAAGCAACUACGAAAUUUCAGCAAGGUUGCGUACACUGCACAACCUGGUCGUUCAGUAUGCUGGUGAGGAUCGUUACGAGGUCGCGGUCUCCCUUUGCAAACAGGCACUGAAGGAUCUGGAGCGAUCAAGUGGUCGUGACCAUCCAGAUGUUGCGACUAUCCAUAAUAUACUCGCUCUUGUCUACAAAGACCAAGGAAAGUACAAGGAUGCAGCGGCUCUUCUGAACGAAGCUUUAGUUAUUCGUGCAAAGCAUUUAGGCCCUGAUCAUCCAGCCGUUGCCGCCAUAUUGAACAACUUAGCAGUUCUUUAUGGCAAGCGUGGCAAGUAUAGGGAAGCGGAGCUGCUUUGCAAACGGGCUCUGGAAAUAAGGGAAAAGGUCCUUGGGUCUGAUCAUCCUGAUGUUACCAAACAGCUGAAUAACUUGGCCCUUCUAUGUCAAAAUCAGGGCAAAUAUGCGGAGGUUGAGCGGUACUACCAGCGCGCUCUGGAAAUCUACAUUAAUUGUCUUGGUGUUAACGAUCCCAAUGUUGCCAAGACGAAAACUAACUUGGCAUCGGCAUACCUGAAGCAAGCCAAGUAUGCAGAGGCUGAGGCUCUUUACAAGGAAGUUCUUACUCGAGCCCAUGAAUUGGAAUAUGGCAAGAUAUCAGAAACAAAUAAGCCCAUUUGGAUGAUUGCCGAAGACAGGCAGAACGGCAAAUUCAAUCCUGCUCUUACAAGUCAGGCGAUAGCUCAACGUUCUACUGUGGCCACGACACUCCGAAAUCUUGGCGCCCUGUAUCGCCGACUAGGCAAAUUCGAAGCCGCUGAAGUCAUCGAGGAAUGCGCAGGUCGCUCUGGCAAAGCAGUUGAGGUUAGUUCCUGCCUCUUUUGCUUUCGCAGUUCACAGCCUUAA